UGGUCGGUAUUGCAACACACUCAGUUCAGCUCUAGUCGCUUUGCCGCUUGGAACGGGCGUUCGACGCCUGCCACGGAGAGAGCGAGAGAGUUACUCGGCGAUUUGAUAUGUGAUUUUUUGUGUUGUGACGUAGUGACAAUCUUAUCAGUACUCGCAUGUAAAUAAACAAUGGAUGUUAACAGAGUGAUUACAACGCACUGGCACAUACCGAGGCCGUCCUUAUCUAGUGCGGGCAGUAUCAAUGAUUCCCGCUCUAGAGGCGGCUCCGCCUCCAGCCAAGGCUCUUCUAGUAAUCACAGCACACACAGCGUCUCAUCCGGAUCACUUCUUCUAACAGCUGCACACCUAGUACAAUUGAAUGGAAAUCAAAACUACGAGCAGGUACCAAGACCUGCCUUUACCAACGUAGUAUCGAUCCCAGAAGAAAGUGUCGAUACACUAUGGAAGGACGUCAAACGGGGCUCCAUACCGGAACAAGACUCAACAUCACUAGCCAGCUCCACCCACUUUACAGUGGUGAAUGGUUUUACGAAACAUCGACCGACGAAGGAGCCAAAAACCUGUUGCUGCAACCAAUCCCAUCAGAUAACAGUCCUAGUCAUUUGUAUGACAAUUCUGUUCUCUGCUUGUAUAUUGGCCGCCAUAUGUUUUGUUGAAAUGCGAAUGCGAAGAGAAACCGGAAUGUACAAAUAUUCUUAGAGACGGUUAGAAAGCAUUCAAUCGACGAAUUAGUUAUAGUUAUUUAUAAUAGUGAGGCUAUUAUAUAAGUAAUUGCUGGAAAUUUCAUUAAUUAAUUGAAAUUGUAUUUUGAUGCUUUAAUUAAGCAUAUUAUUUAAAAAUAAAAGAAAUCGGCCACAUAGAUAUACAAACAAAAGCUUUUAUAAAAUCACUUCAGAAAGCUGUUUUGUCUUUUGAAAUAACAAAACACUCUCGAUAGAACGUUAAUAAAGAUUUGAUACACCCAAUGAGUGGAACUUGGUAAUGUAAAAUACCAGAUAUAAGAAAAACAUUUUCAUGAUUCUAUAGACACCUAUUUUUUUUUUGUAUACAUAAGUAUAAUAAGAAAUCUGUCUCGGUUUUUAACGCAUGGAUACGAUCUUAAAGACGAUUGUCUAAUUAUAGUUUAGUUGAAUUAAUUAGUGCAAUAAUUAGUUACGUCGAGUAACUGGUAUUUAGAACAAUUCAGUGCUCAAAUCACAUUCUAGUUAAGUAAAUUAUUAAAAGCAGAUAUCUGUGAUUAUAUUUACUAUGUUAAUAAAAGAAUAGUAGACAUUAAAUUUUUUACAAUAAUCAGAUAGAGAAUUAAACAUGUGUUUUAGUAACCCUAUUUCAAGCAAUUUAAAAUUCGAACGCACCUGUGGCUACCAUAUAUACGAUGGCCCUCGUUCAUGAUAGUUUCAGGGUUGUACUCACUUUAAAGGUGCAGAAAUGUAUCUACAUACCAUUAGGUAACAUAACUUCAAAAAUAUAAAUAUAUAGAAAUAUAGAGAACUUUGAAAAGUAUAUUUUAAAAAUACAGUCAAAACAAUUUACGACGACAUCGUUAAGAAUAACAUACCGGUUAUAUUGACCAAAUUCAAUGAUCCUGACUGAAUAUAUAUAAAUAUAUUAUAGAAGGUCUUCACAACGUCAUCGGCUACGACUAUCUUUACGAUGAAAUAUGAGUACUCCCUUCGAUGUCGUUAUAACAGAUUUUUACUGUAUAUGCAACUGUUUCGAUGAAUAUAACAUAUAUUAUCGUAAAUCAGUUUCGUCUACGUAUUACUGUAGCCCUACUGUAAAUUUGAUAAAGUAUUCAAACUCAAAUACGCGAAACAUAAUAUAAAUUGACACUAGUAUACAGACUAUAUCAUGCAAAUUUCAAUCAUGACACAGACGUGUCAAAACACGCUUAUUUUUAAUAUUUACAAUACGAAUAGUGUAUAAACGCAGACGAAUUAGGAAGGUGUAAAACUUCUUACAGAAUACCAGUGAAGAUUGAAUAAAUCAAUGUAAAUAUUUAGCACAAUUUUUUCUUAGAAAUUACCUUCUUAUAUGUAGGUCCCAGUUAAAGAUAUUUAUAAUCUGUGAUAAUUAAACACGAUAAUACGUAA